AUGAAGCGACCACCACCACCCAUCCACAACGCAUUCCAAGCAUAUCUCAGGCGAGUCCUCGUUGCUGACCAAGCUCCCCUCACUAAGCACCGACAACCUGACCCAAGCUGCAACAAACCCUCAAGACGACCACAACAGAGGCUGAGUUCAACUGUAACGCUCGCGCAACGUCGACAGAAGCAACAUGCUCAUGGCCAGCAGGCUGCUCAGCCAUGUCUGCAGCGCUGCCGAGGGUUCGCAACUAUCGUUGACCGAGAGGACUACGGUCCUCUGAAGGAAUAUAAUGAGCGCGUACAUAAUGGCAGAUUGAGGGAGGAUGAACACCAAAGAACUAUUAUCGAGAACCUGCAAGAUCUGUACGAAACCCUUGCUGAAUACAAUCCUCCCGAGGUCAAACCACCCACGAUAGAGGAACUACAACCCCCCUCCAAUUCCUUCUUCGCUAGUCUGUUCGGCCGAGCUAAGAAGGAAGGUCCUUCUCUUGAAUUGUCUGAGAAUUUGCCCAAGGGCUUGUACAUGUUUGGUGAUGUGGGCAGCGGCAAGACUAUGCUUAUGGAUCUGUUCUAUGACACCACCCCGCCAAACAUCAAGCACAAGACGAGGAUACACUUCCACAAUUUCAUGCAAGAUGUGCACAAACGCCUGCACAAGGUACGGCUGCAGCACGGUAACGACCUCGAUGCAGUACCAUUUGUCGCUGCUGAGAUAGCCAAGACUGCCUCUCUGCUCUGCUUCGACGAGUUUCAGUGUACAGACGUGGCUGAUGCUAUGAUUCUGCGUCGUCUGAUGCAAGCUCUCAUGUCCCACGGUGUGGUCGUGGUCACCACUUCCAAUCGCCAUCCAGACGAUCUCUACAAGAACGGCAUUCAACGUGAGAGCUUUAUUCCCUGCAUAAACCUCCUCAAACGUCAACUUCGAGUAAUCAACCUUGACUCAUCGACCGACUAUCGUAAGCUCCCACGCCCGCCAUCAGGAGUCUACCACCACCCACUCGACCGAGCCGCUUCAACCCACGCCGACAAGUGGUUUUCCUUUCUCGGCGAUCCCAAGAAUGACCCUCCUCAUCCUACCACUAUCUCAGUAUGGGGCCGCGACGUUCAGAUUCCUUUGGUGAGUGGCUCGUGCGCGCGCUUUACCUUCAACGAGCUUAUUGGCCGAGCUACUGGUGCGGCUGAUUACAUUGAAAUGAUGCGGCACUUCAACGCAUUCGUCAUCACCGACAUUCCCGGAAUGUCACAUCGCCAACGUGACUGGGCUCGCAGGUUCAUCACCUUUAUCGACGCUGUAUACGAGUCUCAGGCAAAGCUCGUGCUUACCACUGCAGUUCCUCUUUCGCAACUCUUCAUGUCCAAAGAUGAGAUUGAUGAGUCUCUCGACAAAGUCACCGAGAAGAAUAAUAGCGCGCCUAGCACUACUGACUCCAACGAGAAGCAAGUUGCAAAAGAAGCGACAAAGAGAAAGGAAGAAGGAAACGAUGUCGACGAUGUCAUGCGCAUGAUGAUGGACGACCUCGGCUUGAGUAUGGGUAUGAUGAAACAGAGUAGUCUCUUCAGUGGCGACGAAGAACGAUUCGCUUUUGCAAGAGCCUUGAGUCGACUGAGUGAGAUGGGAAGUCAGGAGUGGAUCGAGCGCAAUUUGGGUAUGGAGAGUGUCAACCAGAAGGAAGGUUGGGGAAGGGUCAGAUCACGUUGGCGCGAGGACAUGCUAUAA